AUGUCACCUUUGGUUAAUAAUAGUGAAUCACCACCACCGCCAUUAGAUAUGGAUGGUACUAAACAAAGACUAAAUAAAACAAAUUUUCAAAAGGAAAAGCAUAAAAGAAAAAUUGCUGAAUCUGUUAAAGCAAUAAUAGAAUGUCUUGGUAAAGGUCAG